UGAAUUCCUUCGAUAAACUCGUAGAUUUGAACUUGCACCACCGUCGUGGGCAUGCGCGUAGUUGACUCCACGCUGGCCCUGGUAGGCGCCUUCUUCCUCGGACAAGCCGAUGCCAAGGCCACAUGGUACCCGUGCCCCAUCAUGACCGUAGCCAGGGGUGUAGCCGCGAGUGACGACAACCCGCUCGUUGAAUGCGCCGACAUCCAAGUGCCGCUGUGUCACCCUGGCGUGUGCACCAGCACGUUGCAGAUCACUGUGUUUGUAAAGCGCAUUCCGCCACAGAAGCUACCUCCGAUCGGUUCCAAGCAGCAAGCGCUAUGGAUGCUUCAAGGGGGCCCUGGCGAGUCGUCUGUCAACAGUGCGUUGUCAAAACCAACCCCUCGACCAACUCACACUCUCUCACCACGACUUGUUGAUGUGCAGUGGAGGGGCUGAUGGCCAGUUCAUAUGUCAACGCUGGCAAGUCCGUGGCGGUAUACACGAUGGACCACCGCGGCACCGGACGCAGUGCCCCGCUGUCCUGCGCUGAAGACAACAUUCCGUAUUCACCCAACACAACGUUGAAGUGCCUCACCAACAUCAAGACUAAAUAUGGCGCGGUGGCCCCUGCGGCGUUCUCCGUGACGAGUGCGGCGUCCGACUUGGCGUACAUCAUCACCAAUGAACAGUCGACCAACGAUGUGUUUGUGUACGGGCUCAGCUACGGCACGUACUUGGUCGAACGACUUAUGCACUUGGCUCCGGAGGGGGUGAAGGGGUACAUUCUCGACAGCGUCCAAAGCGAGCAGUUUUACAUCACAAAAGACGCGCCGUACUACUCCAACUGGGACCGCGACGUCGGUGGCACUGUCGACACGUUCCUGUCAUACUGUGACAACGACAAGUUUUGCGCCUCCAAGGUUGGCCCCAAAUCCAAAACGUACAUCCAGGGGCUGUAUGCCCGCCUCGAUAAGAAGUCGGCGACCGCGUCCAGCAAGUGCGCCGACGUGAUCCGGUCCAUGCUGCCUGAAUACGCGACCAAUCCAUCCUGGCUCGUCAACAACUUCCUCUACACGAUGCUACGAGACUACAACAAACGCAACUUGAUCCCAGCGUACUUGUACCGCCUGAACCGGUGCAACGCGGCCGACCAAGCGGUUGUGGCUAACAUGGUUAUGAUAUUAACCAACUCCACUGAGAAUUUGCUCAUGACAACCUUGGACGGGUUUCCCAAGUCUCUUUUCAACGUGUCGGGAACGGGCAACGUGUCCAAGGUGUCGACUCUAACCGGCGAAGGUCGGUCAAAUGUUGUGUACAAGGCGAUUGUGUUGAGUGAGAUCUGGGAACUGCCGUCGCCGUCCGCCGCCCAAAUGACCAAGUGGUUUGAAAGCGCCAUGAUGGGCGCGAUGAAUCCCCUCGAGCAACGGGAAAACGUUCUCGACAACUGCAUCUACCUAGGUGGCAAGGACACGCCGUGCAAAAACUACGCUGUCGCAUACGAUUCGGGCUUUACGUAUGCCCGCGACGCGUACUGGAACAAGACGGCGGCCAUCCCCGCCGGUGCAUCUGUCCUCAUGUUUACGGGGUACCUCGACCCGGCCACACCCCCCAAGUACGCCAAGGACGAGUAUGCGACCAUGGCCGGCACCACCAAAAAGUUAAUCGAGUUCCCAUACGCCCCCCAUGUAAUUGUCGGCCAGAGCCCCACGGACGGAGGCGUCGACUGCGGCGGCGCCAUCCUCGCGUCCUUCCUCGCGGCCAAAGGCGACGUGACGCUGGUUAAAGAUGCGUGUGUGGCCAAUGUGCUCAAGAUGAACUUCACCACAGUGUUGGACUCCAAGUUCGCGGCCGCCCUCUUCGGCACGGACGUCGACGUGUAUGGACCCGGAGCUGCGGGACCGAAUCCGGCCCUGGAAGCCCCCGCGAGUGGCCCGACAACCGCUCCCGGGGGAGCCAACCCCUCUGGCCCCCAGUCGACUGCAUCGCCAAUCAUGACCUUGCCCAGAUUGGCCCUUGGGCUCUUGGCCAUCGCCGCAAGCUCAAGCGUGUAAAUAAAUAUAAUAACGUUAGCUUUGUUACGAACAGUACGUUACCUCUAUUGGAAAUGC